CGGUGUGCUUCACGAUCACGGAAAUGACACAGAACAUAAUUGGCAUCUACAACGUAAGUCUGUGAUCUCUACUGAGCCUGAGACCAAGCUUCAGUUACCGGCUAAAGACUGAAAAUACACCAUGUCCACCAGCAAAAGUUGGUCGUAUGAGGAGGAGCAGUCCUCCAAAUUUAUGAGGAAAGCGAAAGAAUCACCGUUUGUGCCGAUUGGCAUGGCGGGGUUCUUUGCAGUGGUCGCCUAUGGAUUGUACAAGCUGAAAUCACGGGGUGAUACAAAGAUGUCGGUACACCUUAUUCAUAUGCGUGUGGGGGCUCAAGGCUUUGUGGUGGGAGCCAUGACAGUGGGUGUGAUGUACUCGAUGUAUAAAGAGUAUCUGGCACCAAGGGACCCGGGUGAUGAUAGCAAGUGAACCGGUUACAGUGUGGUUCUUCAGAUCACAUGACCAAAUACCUCACCAUUGACACUGUUCCUGUAUCAUCCACAUAAUAUUUCCUUGCCAAGCACAGUCAUUUACUGACACUAAUUAAGGUUUUUAUUUAAUAUACAUUAUGAUGUGUGUACCAUCCAUUAGGUAUUCAAAAUCUAUGAAUUUUUUUUAAAAAUAAUUGUCCCCAUGAGAAAGGGGUUAGAUUAAAUUGCCUCAAGAUCCUUUUAAUUUAGAUAACUACAUGUUUAUUUUGAAAUGGUGCUUUGGCAAAAAUUCCCUGCUACCUGAAAUCUUCAUCGAGAACAUAUAGAAAUAUCAUAUGUAAUCAGUAAUAACCUGUUCUGUAUUUUGGUCAUUUCGAUGACAAGUCAGUCAUACCACUGAUAUCCUACAUUUAGUAAAAUGCUUUUCUUCUGUUGGUGAGAUCUUUUUUUUAACCUACAAUUCGAAACAACAGUUCAAGUAAAAAUGAUUAUAAUUCAUAGGUUUGGAAAAUUGAGCUAUGAGGCUACAGUCAUAUUCUCACAUAAUAAAGUGUAAACAAAACAUCCAUUGUUUUCCAUAAUGAGAAAAGAUGUGUUUAAAACACUAUUUCCACAUAUGGAGUUGGUGAAUGUGGAAAUAUUAAUGUGGACUAUUUUAGUGUAUAAACAAGUAAAUAAUUUGCAGUGAAAAGUGUAGUGAAUUCAUUUUCAUUACAGUUCAUAAGAGAAAGUUGAAAAUUUGAGAUUGUGUGACUGAAGGGAACAGCCAAUGAUGAAUCGUUAUAGUGAGCACUUUGAUGAUGUCAUGUGUGUAAAAGGGCAUUUUUAUAGUGAGUGGGUAGAAGAAUGGGGUGGCUUGUCAUGCUUUUUUAUCAGUUUCUGUUUGUUUCAGUUUGUGUAACUGUAGCUACCACAUGGCUUGGUCACAUGACUAAGCAGGCAUAAACUGAAAGCUACCUGUUUGCUUAUUUAAAAAAAAAAUGUGUGUUCAUUGGAGCCACUCAACAUUUAUUACAAAAACACAAGACUUGAAGAGCUUUACUACUUUAGUGGAUAAGGUAAUGUGUGAUCUCUGAUAGAGCAGACACUAGUCUGGCUGUAAUAAAUACUGUAAGCAACCCCAUUCUCCUCUUCAUGUGUCACAUAACUGCCUAAUUUAUUCAUGUGAACUCCUAAAACAAGCACUUAAGCUCUUGUAAAACUGACGCCUUCUUUCUUUCUUUUUUUGUUUUAUCUAUGACAUCAGAGCAAUUUACUAAAAUUGUAUGAAAAUAUUAUUUUUUAUAUGGCAUGAUUUUUCAUACACUUAUUGUUUGCUCUUGCAACAGCGUAAAGGUGUAAGUGCAGCUAAACAUUCUUAAACAAACAAACAGACAAUAACAACAGAUGAAUUUGAAAAUA